AUGUUUAGUCACACUAGCGGAGUCACAACCAUUCAGUUUUUGCCCAAAUCAACAAACUUAUUCUAUUCUGGCGGAUUCGACAAUUGUUUAUAUAAAUUCGAUUUCCGGAACCUUAGCUCAUUUCUUGAACAUCACAGAUUCAAAACUCCAAUUUGGUAUUUGGACUUUGUAACAAGUGAAGAUGGCACUCUGGAAUCACUUCAUGUAUCAGGAUGCCACGAUGGAUCUGCCCUUUACGAUACUUCAGGUACCUUUUAA